CACAUCUCUCUCUCUCUCUGCUCAAGUUAUCUUGAAAUCCAAAAUAUAACUUGAGGGUGAAAACAAAGAAAACCCCAUCUAAAUUCAAAGGGUUUUAGAUUGGAUUUGUCUUUUUAUCCAUAGCCAAAUAACCACAUACACACACACACAUAUAUGUGAUGGCGAUGAUGAUGAUGAUGAUGAUGAUGUGUUCAUAUUCAUCAUCAUGGAGAGUGGUGAUAUGGGCUAUGAUGCUGUGGGGUGGGAGCAUGGUGACAAGGGAAGCAAGUGGAGCUUCGAGCAAUGUAAAGGUUGGAAGCAUAUCAAAGGUGGAAGAGGCGGAUAAUUUCCACAUAUAUUACGGUCAAACCUUCAAAGUCAUCAAGAACGCCAUUGAUGGCAAAAGCUACCUUCUCAUCCAGAACACUUCAAGAAUGGCGGUCCGGACAAAGUAUUGCACUGCGAGGAUCAAAUCUUUUGUCAUUCCAUUGAUCGAUUACUCUGUCGACACUCUGUCUUCUCAAGGAGCCUUCCCUGUGUCCUUUUUUGAGCUGCUGGGAAUACUGGGGAGCAUGAGAGGGAUAACAUCGAAGGAAGUGGCCUCUGAAUGCGUGGUGAGGAUGUGGGAGGAAGGACACGUGUCGGUCGUGGAGCGGGAUCAGAUCUCUCAGUUCGCAGCCCACUUCGUAAGCGACACUGAGCAGCCUCAGUCCUGCAACUUCGCUAACUUCGUUCCUCUCAGCGAGGCUUCCCCCCUUCAGCGGGCGGAGUGGAUCAAGUUUCUUGGAGCUUUUUCCAAUCUCGAAACCCGGGCUAACCAAGUCUACGACGCGGUUAAGGCAAGCUACACUUGCUUGUCUCAAAUGGCAUCGAACAAGACGAAAACUUUCAAACCCAUCGUUGCGUGGAUGCAAUACGAUGACAACGGAGUCUGGUCUUUUACGAAGGAACCGUAUAAGUUGAAGUACGUGGAAGACGCGGGUGGAGAAAACAUCGAUAACUCGAUCAAUAAAAUGUCUUACAAUGUCUCGGACAGUGAUGAUUUGGAGUCGUUACACGCGAUCUUAUGCACUGUGGAUGUAGUGAUUGAUGAAACGAUAACGUCUGAUCCUCAGAAUUACACAGAGACGGCGUUUCUUCGGAACAUUAACAUCGAGGACUGUUCUUGUUUCUCGUUUCUUUCAAAUCAAAGCAUCUGGAGAUACGAUAAACGUGUCGGAAAUGGAACCGUUCUUGAUUGGUACGAUGGGGCGAUCUCACAGCCAAAUCGGGUACUGGGCGACAUCGUGGAAGCUCUUUUUCCAACAGGAAACUACACAACCUCCUACUUUAGAAACAUUGCCAAGGGAGAAGGAGUCGUAAGAAAUGGUUCAUCGAUCAUGGAAUAUUUCCUUGGAAAGUAA